UAGAAAGAACUUUGCCUGGACCGGAAGUAAAUAAAGUGUCUUCCCGCGCUGCUGCAUCCUUUCAAAAAAAAAAGGCACUUAUGCAAUUAUUUAACGACAUGGACGAGCUUUAUCUGGACAACAUCGACGAAUUUGUCAACGACCACAAUAAGAUCGUGACCUACAAAUGGCUCAGUUUAACUCUAGGAGUCCAUGUCAACACAGCAAAACAAAUGCUCUAUCAUUACUUGGACAACAAGAGGAAGGAAAGCUCUGCUCAGCUCCACGCUACGUACUUGGUGUCAGGAAAGUGUGUGGACAAUGGUCAUGCGAGUCACAAGGUGUCUGUGGUGCGUGAGGACCAGCUGGAAGAUUUUAAAUCCAAGAUGAGUUUGAUCGUGAGCGUUCACGUGUACAGUGUCCAAAAAGCUUUGCUAAAAGACAGCGGCCCACUCUAUGCCGUCGACUACGACGCCGUCAAAGACAACCUGCUGAGCUGCAGCAAGUACAGUGCAAUUCGAUGUCCUGACGCCGUGCCCAUGUCCUCGCUGGAGCGGAAGCCCGUGCGAGAAACACAGCAGGAAUCUCCGACAGAGCGUGAGAGCAAAAAGUCUUCCACCAACGGCAACGUGGCUUCCAAAGCGCCCGCCAAACCGGCCAAAGGCAUCAUGGGAAUGUUCGCUAACAAAGGAACCGUGGUUAAGAGCCAAAAUGGUGGCAAAGACGUGAAAUCAGAGCCUCAGGAGGAAGCGGCAGAGGUCAACUUGUCCAAAACCAAAGCAAAGUCCAAUGCCAUGAGCAACUUCUUUGGCAAUCAAAGCACAAAAAAAAAGGACAAAACGGUGAUUAAGAUGGAGAAAGAAGAGGAGGAAGAAGCUCCAGCGCCAUCCCCAGUGGAGCAGCCAAGCUCGAGUUUUCAGCCGGAGGAGCAGCAGCAAGAUGCUGUCACAGUGGAGCCUCCAAAGCACAACAAGAACAUCUCAAGAAGCAAAACCAAGCGACUGGAGAGUUCUGACAGCGAGGAGGAGAAGAUGGACAAGAAGAAGAAGAGAAGACGGAUCAAGAAGCCUGCGCCCGACAGCAGUGAUGAAGACGUCAUUCCAGACUCUCCACAACCAACAGAAGCUAGAGAAACAUCAACGGCUCCCACCAAGGCGCUCAAACCUGUUCCAAAUCCGAGAGAAUCUCAGACAAAGAUACGCAAGCGGAGACGAGUCCUCAAGUCUCGGACCUUCUUGGAUGAGGAAGGCUGCAUCGUGACUGAGAAAGCCUACGAAAGCGAGUCGUACUCUGAAAACGAAGACUCCGCGCCUGCCGCCGCCUCCAAACAAACGACCACAAAUCCAGUCAGAGCAAAAGCGAGCAGCAAAGACGACGAAAGGAAAAAUCAGAAAAAAAGGUCUGCAAACGCCAGCAAAGGAUCUAAACAGGCGUCCAUUAUGGGAUUUUUCCAGAAGAAAUGAUGGACGGAUGAUGAUUGUAAAACACACACAAACUGUUGCAGCUACUUAAUAAACACUGAUGGAAAACAUUCUAAUUUUUACCUUAUUUUAGCAGUAACAAUGACUGUACUUAAAUGACACAACAUACAGAAAUAUAGUAUUCAUUGUCACCCUAAUCCCAACGUGAAAACAAAUGGAUUCCAUUUCUAAAGUCCUUUCUCUGACGUGCAUUUUAAAUGAACGUCAGUGAGUAAAGGGUGGAGGCUGCAUCUGAAGACUCAUGUAAAGAAACCAUAAAAUAACUAAAGAUCACCACACACCUACAAUGCAUU